CACACACACACACACACACACACACAUAUACAUAGACACACAGAGGCUGACAGAGCGCCGGGGCGAAAACACAAAGAAACCGGGGGAGGCUGGACUGGAGUGUCGGACUGUCCCUGAAUGAUCAAGACCUACGGAGACAGCCAGGGCCCCUAGAAGAAGAGCUUGGAAGGCAUGCAAAGUUGUGAAAUAUCUUCAGACAGCACUGAUGAUCCCCUUAGUAGCAGCCUACGCAGUCAGCGGCAACCUCGAAUAGUAGUAAUCGGCGCAGGCUUGGCUGGCCUCGCGGCGACCAAAACCCUACUGGAGAACGGCUUAACCGAUGUCGCGGUCCUAGAGGCGUCUGACCGAAUUGGUGGGAGAGUGCAAAGCGUUCAGCACGGACAAGCGACUUUGGAGCUGGGAGCCACCUGGAUCCAUGGCGCCCACGGCAACCCCAUAUUCCACCUGGCGGAGGACAACGGCCUGCUGGAGCAUACCACGGACGGGGAGCGCAGCGUGGGCCGCAUCAGCCUCUACACCAAGAACGGUGUGGCCCACUACCUGACCAACAGCGGCUGGAGGAUCCCCAAGGACCUGGUGGAGGAGUUCAGCGACCUGUACAAUGAGGUCUAUGAGCUGACCCAGGAGUUCUUCCAGAAUGGGAAGCCCGUCGGAGCAGAGAGCCAGAACAGCGUGGGCAUUUUCACCCGUGACCUGGUGCGGAAGAAGAUCAUGGUGGACCCCGAUGACUCGGAGGCCAGCAGGAGACUCAAACUGGCCAUGCUGCAGCAGUAUCUGAAGGUGGAAAGCUGCGAGAGCAGCUCCCCCAGCAUGGACGAAGUGUCGCUCAGCGAGUUUGGCGAGUGGACCGAGAUCCCGGGUGCCCACUACGUCAUCCCUGGUGGCUUCAUCAAGAUUGUAGAGCUCCUCGCUCAAGGCAUCCCGGAGCGCGUGGUGCGGCUCAACAAGCCCGUCCGUCGGAUCUACUGGAACUACUCGGCUCAGCAGCAGGCGGAGAUCGGUGACGCCGAGGACCACAACGGAGACCGGCGGCCGGGCGCUGGCUGCCCCGUUCGCGUCGAGUGUGAGGACUGCGAGUCCUUCGCCGCCGACCAUGUGAUUGUGACGGCCUCACUGGGAGUGCUGAAGAAGAGCCACGAGUGGCUGUUUUCACCCAGUCUGCCCGAGGAUAAGGUGCUGUCCAUCCAGAAGCUGGGCAUCAGCACCACCGACAAGAUCUUCCUGGAGUUCGCCGAGCCCUUCUGGAGCCCCGAGUGCAACAGCAUCCAGUUUGUGUGGGAGGACGAGGCGCAGCUGGAGCAGCCGGUGUACCCCGAGGAGCUCUGGUACCGCAAAAUCUGCAGCUUCGAUGUGCUGUACCCGCCCGAGCGCUACGGCCACAUGCUGAGCGGCUGGAUCUGCGGCGAGGAGGCUCUGCUCAUGGAACGCUGUGACGACGAGACCGUAGCCGAGACCUGCACUGAGCUGCUGCGCAAAUUCACAGGGAACCAGAACAUUCCGAAGCCCCGCAGGAUCCUGCGCUCAUCCUGGGGCAGCAACCCGUUCAUCCGCGGGUCCUACUCGUUUACACGGGUGGGCUCCAGCGGGGGCGAUGUGGAGCGGCUCGCCAUGCCGCUACCUUACGCCAAGAGCACCAAAGCCCCGCCUCUACAGGUGCUUUUUGCUGGAGAAGCCACCCACCGAAAAUACUAUUCCACUACCCAUGGUGCUUUGCUGUCAGGGCAGAGGGAGGCGAAUCGCCUAAUAGAGAUGUACCAGGAUUUAUACAAUGCAGAAACCACGAAGCCUAACAUGUAAAACGAACCACUGACUAGUGAAUACAAAUAUGUGUUUAUGCUUUCUGUAUUUUAACUGAUACCAAUAGUAGGGCAUUAAAUCUCGUUUUUACUGUAAGUAGUCACAGUUACGUAGAUAUAAAUUCCUUGGAGAUGUACUGUUAAAAGGCGGCCGAGGCGCCGUCCUCUCCGCUCUUGAUUCCUUUCGGAUUUUUAAUCAAGAAAUUAAUAUGUUUAUAUAUUACAGUUCACUGAUUUUAACUUUUUGUAAGUGCCUUCUGUAUUUAAUGUCAUGUUACUGAAGACGAAUCCAUGGCUGAAAUGAAUAAACCAUAUGUUAAUGUCA